GACGGAAUUUAGCCAUGAGCACAGCAGACCUACGGACUCAGGCAGCUCGCUACAAGAGUUGAGUGUUCAGUCUCUAUUCAACUGCCGUGCUAAAGUUGUUAUCGUUAUGUACAACUUUUCGCUGUUAUCCUGACUUUUAAUCAUCGAAAAGUUUGACCUUUCUUUUGUUUCCCUCUGCCAUCAAUUGAAGUCUCUUCGUGUUGGAAAAGUUUGUGUUUUAUUGUUUUUUUAAAUGGAGCGAAAGAAGCCGGUGAAUCUUUAUUGCUGUUGGACCUUUCUUCUCGCUUGGUGCUGUAGUCUCACUGACUGUUACAAUUUGGAUGUAGACCAUCCGGUUAGUUUCAGUGGCCCAAAUGGAUCUUUAUUUGGAUAUUCUGUGUUGUUACAUAAGAACAAGCAACACACAUGGUUAAUAGUCGGAGCUCCAGUUGCGAAUUCAACAUUCGAUCCAACCCUUAUAAAACCAGGAGCAAUUUAUAAGUGCAACUUCUCAGGCAAUAGAGAAUGUCAGCAAAUAUUAACGGGUGUGGACAGUUGUGGGAAGACUUGCUUCUCUGAAAGUGACAACCAGUGGCUCGGAGUCAGCCUGUCUAGACAGCCUAGUGAUGGCCAUGUAUUGGCAUGUGGGCAUCGUUGGAAGAACGUGUUCUAUUCCAGGAAAGACAACCAGAACAAGCUGCCUCAUGGUGUCUGCUACAGAUACGAAGCUGAUCUCAAACAGUCUCAACCACUUAUCCCAUGCUAUAAAGAUCAUCAACGGAAGUUUGGUGAAGACUACGGGUCAUGCCAAGCAGGAAUAUCCAACUUUCUGAAUGAGGACUUGAUAAUAAUGGGAGCCCCUGGGACAUCGUACUGGACUGGGUCUGUUCUGGUCUACAACAUCUCCAGUAUGGUCCUGUCUGCCUAUGUGGAUGACGACAGCACUGUACUCUAUGGCAGUUAUCUGGGCUACUCGGUUGGCGCCGGCCAUUUCCUUCACCCUGACUCCACAGAGAUCGUUGGAGGUGCACCCCAGCACAGGCAGACUGGUAAAGCCUACCUAUUCAGAGCUGAAGAAAACAUGCUGAAGAUCAUCAGUGAAGUCAAGGGAAGCAAGCUGGGCUCGUAUUUUGGUGCCAGUGUGUGUGCCGUGGACCUGAAUGGAGAUGGCCUGUCUGAUCUACUGGUAGGAGCUCCCAUGUACAGCACCACGAGAGAGGAGGGACGAGUCCAUGUCUACAUCAACCAAGGAGCUGCUAAUAUGAAGGAAGCAGAGUUUCAGUUGGCUGGAAGCAAAUCGUAUGCUGCAAGAUUUGGGGAGACCAUAACCGAUCUGGGAGAUAUUGAUGACGAUGGCUUUCCUGAUGUGGCGGUGGGGGCUCCGCAGGAGGAAGAGCUGCGUGGGGCUAUAUAUAUCUACAAUGGGAGGAAGACAGGGAUCUCUCAGACCUACUCUCAAAGGAUCACCGGGUCUCUUCUGGGUAAUGAGUUAAAGAUGUUCGGCCAGUCUGUUUCCGGAGGCAUCGAUGUUGACGGAAACGGUUACCACGACGUUGCAGUAGGGGCCUUCCUCUCAGACUCCGCUGUGGUUCUGAGGACACGUCCGGUGGUAGUGGUUGAGGCCUCCAUGCCCCUGCCUGUCAGUGUGAACCGCUCUGUAGCGCUGUGUUCUGACAACGGUCUUCCUGCUGUCUGCAUCAACGUGACAGUCUGCUUCAGGGUCCGCGCUCGACGCUACAACGGACUCAUAGAACUGCAGUAUAACCUGACAGCUGACACUCACCACAAGGAGUCUUUCCCCUCCCGCUUCCAUUUCCACGGCAACGGGACGUCCAACGUUACGACAGGGCAAGUCAAGGCCAGACACGACCAGCUGACCUGCAUCACCCACCAGGCCUUCAUGAGGAAAGAUGUCCGGGAUAUCUUCACGCCCAUCCAUUUUGAGGCGACGUACGCCCUCAGACAGCACCCUGUCCAUACCUGGGGAUUCAGAAUAUUCCCAGCCCUGAAACCCAUCCUGCAGCAGAGAGGGGGGCACAGCAACCUGGUAGCCAAUAAGACUGAGUUUGCUCGGUACUGUUCAUUGGCCAACUGUUCAACCAAUCUGCAGGUCUCUGCAUACCUGGUCUUACCACAGAAACACAACAACAUACAGUACUUUGCAUUGGGUAAUGGGAAGACCAUCAUGUUGAACACAACCCUGGUGAACGCUGGAGAUGAUGCCUUCCUCCCCAGGCUCCAGUUACGCUUCCCCUCCAACCUGCACUACAUCAAAGUCCUUGAUGCAAAGGAGAAGUAUGUGAGCUGUGACAUUUCAGAGGAGAACAAGACAAUAGUAGGAAUGGACUGUAGUGUUGGGAACCUGUACUUCAGCUCUGGAGCCAAGGUGAACAUCAGCUUUCUGUUGGAUGUAAACCAGAGUAGCAGUGCUGGUGACAUUAGCAUAUCCAUCAACACUUUUGGAGACAAUUCUGAAAAUGAGGAUCUUCUGCAUGACAACUCAGCCACUCUGAUGUUACCGUUGAGAUAUGGCGUGGAUGUCAGUGUCCAUGGGUUUGUGACUCCAACAUCCUUUGUAUUUGGUGACCAGGAGCCUACUCCAGUUGAUUGCUACACAGAGACAUUCAACUACACUUACAAGGUUGUCAAUAUCGGUCCAAGCAAAUCUCUCAACACGGAAGUUGAGAUUGAUAUUCCCAAGAUACUAUCACCAUAUCCAUACAGAUUACUCCACAUUGCAGAUUUUCAGACCUCUCUUGGAGAAUGUUCCAUUAAAAACGGCUCCAUCACAGUAGAAGAUGAUUGUGAGGUGCCACGGUCGUCUUUAAUCAAGGAACUGGUCUUCUUCUUCUCCAAAACUAGCAAACGCAAAAUGUUCUGUGCUCACGGAGACGACCUGUGCCUGACUCUGGUGUGUAGACUAGGAGACAUGGACAUUGGGAAAGAAGCCACCAUUCAGAUGGAAGUGAAGCUCAACCCCACUGUUCUACAGCUCACACCGGGUCGUCAUGGAGUGAUGCUGAUAGAGAGUACUGGCAUCAUCACAUCACCAAGGGAGGACCCUCACACCAUCCUAUUACAGCAGACCCCUAUUGCUCAGGUUGUGUUGGAGGCCCACUUCAACCAGAAGCCUCAGGCAGCAGUGGAGGGGUUCAUCAUUGUAGGGAGUCUACUGGUGGGACUCCUGAUCCUGGCCCUGCUCAUCUUCGCCCUCUGGAAGGCUGGUUUCUUCAAGAGGCAGUUUAAGAAGGAGAUCAGGAGGGAUAGCUGGGACUAUGUACCAAAGAGUGAGAAGACUGAGAGUAUAUCCUAAGAGUGUACUAAUACAGAAUGGUUCUAUACGACAACAUGAACUAACUGCUGGGGAACAGCUUCUCUACUAAAAAGGCCCAUUUUGAUUGAGAUCAUCCAAACCCAAGGGAAAGAACUGCAGGACAAUUCAAACAUUUGUGGCUCAAAAUCUAGGAAUCAACAAAAUGCUGUAAUUUCUCUAAAACAUGCAAGAGGAAAAACCUUUGCACUUUACCUCUGGGCUUGUUGCAGUGAGAGUAUAGGACAUUGGACUGCGUACGUGGAAUGUACAUUAGAACAUGGACUAUGUGACCUCACAAGAACAGGCCUAUCAUUCCUGUUUUUAUUUUACGUUGCAAAACAUUCUCCCAUACCUGACUACUUGGAUUCGGUCGCGCAUAUUUAUUGUGUCUGCUGUACAAAGAAUGUAUGAAUGCACCGCUGAAGCUUUUCUCUAUGGAUAGGAGGUCUAUUUGUAUACAAUGAUAUAUACACAUCUAUAUGCCAAAUCUAUCCUCAUUAGGUGUGUAUAUACUGUGUAUAUAGAUAUAUCAAGAGGACCUUUCUUUCGCAUCCUUUUUAAACAACAUUUCCUUUUGUAUCUUCAUGCUAUGGGUAGGGAGGGGAAACAGCCUCAAACUGCCAUAAAGUCACACAUUUAUUGUGAAACUAGUGUCACUAGUGACAAACCAUUCAGAUUGAAAGAAGGAACAUUUGUUCUGGUUGAUCUGUGAGACCCAGCGAAAGCCUCUGCCGAGCCGUACAGCCUAAACCCAUGUUUCAUAGAAAUGAAUAGGAGCAUUUCACACUCUGCAAAAGUUACGUGUCCAGUGUAGCAGACCAGUACCUGCCCAGGUGUUUAUUCUUCAAUUUGUAUUUUUGCUCACCAGCUUAUGGAGUGAAUGGGACAGAAGGUUUAAUUGUUAUAAUAUAGAACUGAAGGUAACAGAAGGAUGAGGAGGUCAGGGAAGUGUCAUCAGUGAAAAAAGGCGUCUGUUCACGGACUCACUCACUGAAUGACACAUACCACUCCUCAAGGGGACAGCACCCUGUGUGUGUGUGUGUGUGUGUGUGUGCAUACGUGCGUUUGCGUGUAUGCAUUUUAGUGUGUGCGUAUGACAGCAACUCAUACACCAGCAACUCCUACACCAUGACAGCAGAAGUUUCCAACACAGUCAGAAAUGAAAAAUGAAAGAGCUUGUUCUUCAGAAAUGACUCAGGCCUAUCAUUCCUGUUUUUAUUCUCCACCAAGAACUCAGGAUAUGAAGCUGAACAUUCCAUGGUCUUGUUCAAUAGGCAAACGUUCCUCAAAUGGAACACACGGAACACUGGCCUUACCUUUUGGAACAUUUUCAUCCCUAUGGAUUCAAUGGAUUCUGUGUUCUUACUGUAGCUGUAAGGGGUUGGAACAUUCAGCUUUUGGAGAGAUGGUAGGCUGCAUGCGGGAGAGUAACAUGUUUUUACUGUAGCUGUAAGGGGUUGGAACAUUCAGCUUUUGGAGAGAUGGUAGGCUGCAUGCGGGAGAGUAACAUGUUUUUACUGCUUGAAUUUUCAGGGAGUCAACCUUUCAUGACCAACUUGUCCGUUUUGACAAAAAUAAAGGGGGCACAUUCCACAUUUCUAUAAAUUGAAAUUAUUUUUUAUUUUUAAUAAAUACGUGUGUGGUGUGUAAAAAUGGACAGAUAACAUUUUGUUUGUCAACACAUUUCACUUUGGUCUGAUAAUUGAUGUAAUCGUGCACUGGAAUGUAUUAUUAUGUUGUCUUUGCUUUAAUAUAAAUCAACCUUUUCUAUUUAA